AUGUCUGCUAUAGUGUUGCUGCUCAGACUGACCCUUAGCCUCGUCCUCCUUGGCUCCUCCUUCCAAUGGCCAGGCUGUGGCGUUCCUGCCAUUAAACCAGCGCUGCACUUCAGCCAGAGGACUGUAUAUGGGAAGAAGGCAGUGCUGGGCCCCUGGCCCUGGGACGUGUCACCCCAAGACAGCAAAGGCUUCUGCUUCUGUGGUGGGUCUGUCACCGGCCAGUCCUGGGCAGUCACGGCUGCCCACUGCAAUGUUCCCCACUCUCACUGGAGCCCUGGCUGCCACUUUGUCAUCCUGGGUGAAUACGACCCAGCAUCUGGUGCUGAGCCUUUGCAGGUCUUGUAGGUGUGUAGGCCCUAGGGGCACCCUUCCUGGAAUCCCACCACCAUGAACAAUGAUCUCGUAUUACUGACACUCUCCUCCCCAGCCCAGUACACAAUGUGCAUCUCACCAGUUUUCCUGGCUUCCUCACAUGGCUGGGUGCCUCAGUGGUGUGGGUAGGAACUUGGGUCAAAGAUCUGGGUGGAAGGGAAGGGUAGGGGCAAUGUGACUCGGGCACACCUGCGGCAGCCGGCUCUGCUGCUCACCGAGAGACGGUGCCAGCAGUACCAGGGCUUGCUCACCAGCUCCACAAUCUGUGCAGGGGCCUCCUUGCGCCAGGUGAGCACUGGCCCCCUGUCCUGUCCUCGGGUGACUGGAGGCCUGCUUGUCUGCCAGAAGGGGAACACAUGGGUGCUCACUGAUACGGUCUCCUGGGGCACCAGGGACUGCAGUGUGCUCACACCUGCCAUGUACACCUUCAGCAGGUUCGGUACCUGGGUCAAUCAGGCCACAGCCUACAACUGA